UAUAGACAAACUUGAUAGUCAAAUAAUAAUUCUGAAAGGUAUAACUUGCAUAAAUAUUGAUUCAUAAGUUGUAUUAAUUAAAUUAAGUUAAUAAUGACAGCGUCAUAACAAGCAGUACUUGCUGCUAAUUUUCAAUAAGCAUAUACAAGUAUUAAGCAGAUUCAAAGAAGUUAAAGCAAAAAGGGGAGACAUGCGGCCGAGGGGCUAUGAAUCUAUUCCAACCAAAAGAAAGAGCUUCAUAGAACAUAUUCCAGAACACCAAAGUUUCAACCUAUUUGCUAUGUAUAAACAUUUAUAGCUCUAUACAAAAAAUUCUAAGUUUAAAUGGUUUCAGUUUUUAAGGAGGGAUUGCUGUUUUUGGUGGGAAAUAAUAAGUGGGAAGUGUGAUCACAUAUAGUUGCCCUAUAUUAUUUGAUCAAUAAUAAUCUUCUGAAUAAAUGGAACAAACUAACUAAAAAGAGCACUGGGAUUAGAGUGCUUGAUUGAUCUUGUUCUUGAAGAAAACAUAAAAAGGACACAAACUUCUUGUUUAUUUCAGUAGUGACAGCAAAAGAAAAAAGAAUGCUACCUGAUCAUUCAAUACGCUCCAUGGUAUUCUGAGCAACAGUUUUAUAUGAUACGAGAUAUUAUAACAAAUAUAUCUAAGUGUAAUUCUUGGAGAAGAAUUUGGUGGUGUGCAAAGAGUUGCAAAAAGAUUUUCAAUUUAAAUCAGAAGUACAUUGAUCAAGGAAUUUGCAAACAGUUUAAGAGUAUUGGAAUGGUGGAGAUAUCCUUCAAAUAUUUUCCCUGUCAUUUUCAACCAAAGGAACUCUCCAUAUUCAAGUUGCCCUCACUGGAAGAUCUCCGUCUAUCUGGUUGCUCAAGCCUUGAGUAUUUUCCAGAAAUUCCAGACGAGAUGGAAAAUCUUGAAAUGCUUAAUUUGAGUAACACAGGCAUAAAAGAUUUGCCAUGUUCAUUUCAUAAUCUUUCUGGGUUGUGGUUUCUGAAAAUGAGUAGGAAUGAAAUGUGUAAGAUACCAAGUGUCAUUGGCAUGAUGCCACGACUGCAUCAGUGUCAUAUUUCGGGAGGAGGCAAUUUGGGGAGGAUAUCAAGAAAGCAGGAGGACGGGCUUCAUCGAAUACUCACUCACUCCCUUCCAUCUCACAAUAUGAUAUGUCUUUCUCUCAGAAACAGUAAUUUGUUAGAUGAGUUUUUUCCACUAGCUCUUGCAUGCUUUCCCAAUUUGGAACAUUUAGACUUAAUAGGCAAUAAUUUUACAGUCCUUCCUGAAUGCAUGCAAGAAUUUCGUUUUUUAUACUGGAUCAACGUUGAUGAAUGCAAGCAUCUUAAUCAAUGGAACUCCACGAGGGUGGAAGUACCGAGUUUGUGAUGCCAGGAGGAAUGGAUAUGAAACACUACCUUUGGAAAAGGAAUGGAAUCAUGCGGAGGUUUCGUAUCAAGCAAGUUACAAUUACUUUCAUGCGGUUCCAACUGAGCGAAUUGCAAGAGAGAUUGGAAUGCAUGUAUUGAAGAAAGAGAGUUUAGUCAUGCAAGAUAUUCGAUUCACUGAUCCUUACAAAAGGACACAACUACUUAUAAUGAUGCUCAUGCUCUCUAAAGUAUUCCCCAACCAUAAGAACCAGCCCUUGCUCCCGGAAAGAUGCAUUGGUUUGUGCACAUUGCAGUUUCUGGCAUAGAGGAUUCAAUAUCAGCAUCUGCAGUGCUAGUUUUGUUUUCAGAAACUGUUUUAACUCAUUGAUUUAUAGGCAACAAGAUGCAUGUUUUUGUACAUUAGCUUGCAUCAAUCAAUAUACACCAAGCUUGCUGCAUUCUGCAUUC